AUGGAGAAAAGCCUGGAUGACCACGAAUUGGAAGCCUCUCCAGAGAGGCGAAACAGUCACUCAUGGACCCAGAAGGAAGAGGACGGGGCUCGACAUAAAGUCGACACAACAGUCCUGCCGCUGCUGUUUUUAGGCCUGCUCGUCUUCCAGCUCGACCGCAUGAACUUAGCCAGCGCCCUGACCGCCGGCUUCGCCACAGAUAUAGGAGUGAGCCAGGCCACGAUCAACCUAGGGAACCAGCUCAUGUUCCUCUUCAUCGUGGUGUUCGAGAUCCCAUGCAACAUGCUGCUCCAGAAGAUUGGGCCUCGCAAGUGGAUAUCCGGACAGGUCAUCUGCUUCGGCCUCGUCGCCACAUUGCAGGUUUUCGUGCGUAACCGGACCGGCUUCCUCGUCUCGAGAAGCUUCCUAGGCCUGGCCGAGUCGGCCUACAUCCCGGGCGCCGUGUAUACGCUCUCUACGUGGUAUCGGCAAAGAGAGCUGGCCAGACGAGUGGCCAUCUUCUUUUUCGGCAUGUUCUCCGGAAAUGCGCUAUCACCCAUCCUUGCUUCUGGAAUCAUUCAGCUGGACGGGCGCCAGGGUCUGUCCGGGUGGCAAUGGAUCUUCUUGAUCGAAGGCGUCUUCACGAUCUCAGUGGGGCUGUCACUCCUCUUCAUCCUCCCCGGCUCCCCAAACUCACCCACGCCCCUCCUAUCCCGCGGCCUGAUCCGCAUCUCACCAACAGACCAGCACAUCCUACAACAAAGGCUCCUCAGCGAAGGCAACAGCGAAACCAGCAGCCGCGGUCUCCAGAUCCCCUGGGCACUAGUCCGCAAGACCCUCCUGCACUACAAGCGCUGGCCACACUACCUCUCAACAUCGCUCGUCUUCUCCACCUGGUCGCCACUGACAACCUACACGCCCUCGAUCUACCUCUCCCUCGGCUUCAGCCGCGUCUCCGCCAACGCGCUCGCAACAGUCGGCGCCGCCGCGACCCUCCCCGUGGCGUUCCUCUUCGCCUGGCUAAGCGACCGCACCAACCUCCGCGGCGGCGCCGUGAUCGCCGCACAGACGUGCUACCUGGCGGCGCUGAUCGCGGCGCGGGCGGCGCAGGACCACGUGGCCGGGCCGUGGGGCCGGUGGGCGCUGUGGACGGUGGUGAACGCGUUCGCGGUCGGGUACCACCCGGUGCACAACACGUGGGUGCAGGUGAACUGCGUGGAUCCGCGCGAGCGUAGUAUUGCUGUCGCCAUGUGGGUCAUGUUUGCCAUUGGAGGGCUCAUGUACGGCUCGCAGUACUUCCAGGGCGGCGACCGGCCUUUUUAUCGGAGUGGCCUGCGCACUAUGAUUAUCCUGGUGGCGAGCGGCAUUGCGCUUGCUCUGGUGCAGGAGGUUGUGUACUGGCUGCAUAACCGGAAGGUUAGGAACGGGACGGCGAGGGUUUUAGAGGGGGAAGAAAAGCCAAGGGUGUAUGUUCUGUGA